GUCUAGACUUCCUAGAUUCACGUUUCCUGACCGCAGUCACUCACACACACACACGGAAAAACUGAACACGGAGGUCCAUGGCAUUACAUAGAGAUGAGUUUGCCACACAUCCUUGAGGAAACGCUGAUCAAACGUUCUCAGCAGAAGAAACGAACGUCUCCACUCAACUACAAGGAGCGAGUGUUCGUUCUCACCAAGAGCAAACUCACAUACUAUGAGCUCAGAGCCGAGAAGAGGUUCAAGAAAGGCUCUGUGGAUCUACAGAAGAUCAAGUGUGUGGAGAUCGUGAAGAAUAAAACCACUGUCAUCCCCUGCCAGAACAAAUACCCCUUCCAGGUAGUUUAUGAUUCCAGUACGUUGUAUAUUUUUGCUCCCAGUAAUGAGAGUCGAAGCGUUUGGGUGCAGAACAUCAAAGAAGAGAUCAGGAAUAAUUCUCAGAUCGCACUCAAGUAUCAUCCUCAGUUCUGGCAGGAGGGCGAGUGGCUGUGCUGCGGGCAGGUGGACAAGCUCGCACUGGGAUGUGAGGGAUACAACUUAUUCGGAGACGUUUCACGUAAACCUCUUCCUCCAGUUCCUGAAGACGAGAGCAGCAGCUGUACGGGUCGACGGCCGCCUCCUCCACCCCCAGGGGAGACGGAGCAGGGAGAGGAGGAGCCUGAAGAGGAAGUGGUCAUUGCACUCUAUGACUUUGAAGGGCUGGAGCCUCAUGAUCUGACCUUGAAGACGGGCGAAGAGUAUGUCAUCCUGGAAAAGUGUGAAGUCAACUGGUACAAGGCGCGAAACAAAGACGGAAAGGAGGGCUACAUCCCCAGCAACUAUGUGACUGAAAAGGCAUCAGAUAAAUUGGAGCAGUUCAUAUGGUUCAGUAAAAAUGUGAAUCGCAACAAAGCUGAAGAACUGCUCAGGAAAGAGGGUAAAGAAGGUGGUUUCAUGGUUCGAUUGUCCAGUAAUACAGGGACAUACACUGUGUCACUGUACACCAAAAGCUCAAGUGAUGGAGCGGCAGCGGUCAGACAUUACCAGAUUAAAGAAAUACACGCAUCACCAAAGCAGUUCUACCUGGCGGAGAAGUACAUCUUCACCAGCAUUCCUGAACUGAUUGAGUAUCACAAACACAACGCUGCAGGUCUUGUUUCCAGGCUUCGUCAUGCUGUCGGUGAUCAGAACAGAGAAGCUCCUACAACAGCAGGAUUCAGCUACGAUAAAUGGGAGAUCAACCCAUCGGAGCUGACCUUCAUGAAGGAGCUGGGUUGUGGUCAGUUUGGAGUGGUGCGACUGGGUAAAUGGAGAGCGCAGCAUAAAGUGGCCAUUAAAACCAUCCGGGAAGGAGCCAUGAGCGAAGACGAUUUCAUUGAGGAAGCUAAAAUCAUGAUGAAUCUGUCCCACCGUAACCUGGUGCAGCUGUACGGCGUGUGCACGCAGCAGAAGCCCAUAUACCUGGUGACGGAGUUCAUGGAGCUGGGCUGCCUGCUCAACUUCCUGCGGCAGCGCAGAGGAACGCUCGCGGCUCAGGACCUGCUGGGAAUCUGCCAUGACAUCAGUCAGGGGAUGCAGCAUCUGGAGGAGAACAGAUUCAUCCACAGAGACCUGGCGGCGAGGAACUGUCUGGUGAACACCUCGAUGGUCGUCAAGGUCUCAGACUUCGGGAUGACCAGGUACGUUCUGGAUGACCAGUACUGGAGUUCUUCUGGAACUAAAUUCCCCGUCAAAUGGUCUCCUCCUGAGGUCUUCAACUUCUGCAGAUACAGCAGCAAAUCUGACGUCUGGUCAUUCGGUGUGCUGAUGUGGGAGGUUUUCACUGAAGGGAAGAUGCCGUUUGAACACAGUCAGAAUCAUGAGGUGGUGCUGAUGGUCACUCAGGGACAUCGACUCUACCGGCCCAAAAAAGCGGCUCCUCACAUCUACAGUAUCAUGAAGAUGUGCUGGAUGGAGAAACCAGACGAGCGUCCCACCUUCUCUGAGACCUCUCUAAUGAUCACCAAUGAGCUGGAGGCCGAUGGAUCUGCGCCUUGAGCUCUAAUCGGACAGUUAGCAUCAUGUGAUCACAAAGGCUCACCGCUGGUUCGGGGCCGACACACACACUCAUCUGGAUUAUUCCGGGGGCCCAUAUGAGAUGUCUUCAUCUCCUCAGGAACCGAUUCCUCCAUUUAUCGGCCCUUCAAGACUCUUUUUCCCUGAAGCCCAUACUGAAAUAUGAUCUAUGCUAAUAUAUGCAAAUUACAUAUCUGAUAUUCAGUUUCAUAUUUGGAUUUUACAUAUAUAAAAAACAAAUCAUAUAUGCAGCUCAUGCUUCAGAAUGUUGCAAAACUUUUAGUUUACACACACACACACACACAC